AUGGAAUCUACCGACUUGUACGCAGCGCCGGACUCUCCAACCUAUUAUCCGUUCAACGCUGACCAUCAACCAGACGUCUUGGUAAUUCUUCUACUUAACCUACAACCACAGAAAUACUCAUUCAACAAUAUCAGUGACCUCUCAUCGGACUAUAACCCAAUCAUUCUAUCGAUCUGCGAUUCACCACUAACAAAUUCAUCACCAAGAUCCCGUACAAAAACAAAUUGGAAACAAUUCACUUUAGAAAUGGCCCGCAUAACCCAAAUUCCCCAUAUCAGCACAAAAACAGACAUCGAUAGAGAAAUUGAAAAAAUCACAACAAACUUACAGCAAGCAAUAAAAAACUGCUCUACUACACAAAAAAACCCCCGGACCUUCUCCAGCCUCUAUGAUGAAAUACUUUUGGGAAUUAGAACUAAAAGGCACCUAAGAAAAGAAUGGCAAAUCAGACGCGAUCCUGAAAUAAAACGAAUGUACAAUGCACAGAUUUCGUAUGUAAGAAACCUAAUCCAAGACCACCGAAAAAAAGAAUGGGAUGAUUUCACGGCCAAACUAAACUUCAAACACAAAUCCAUCUACAAACUAAACAGAUGA